UUACUUCUAUUGUAAACAAAUGAAGCCUUAAUCUACCACUGGCGUCCGUUCAUCUCCGGGGAGCUCAAAAACAACGGAGCCGCGCGCCGAGCCGCCACCAACCCCCCUGGCCCCCUCCCAUGCGCUUAACUCGUACUCUGCUGCUCUCCAAUUCUCCUCCUCUCCUCCCAGCACGCAUACCCCAUCCCUCCCCCUUCUCUCCACCCUCAACAUCUUUCUCCCAUUCCCAUCCCCACGCCCUCUCCCUCCUCUCCCAGCUCCUUCCCGCCUCCUCCGUCCUCUCCCUCCUCCGCCGCAUCCCCCUCCGCGCCUCCUCCUCCUCCUUCUCCUUCCCCUGGAACCUCCUCAUCGCCGAGCUCGCCAAGUCCCCCUCCCCCCACCUCUCCCUCCGCCUCUUCCUCGCCAUGCGCUCCGCCUCCGACGCCCCCGCCGACGCCUUCACUCUCCCGCCCGUCCUCCGCUCCUGCGCGCUCAUCGGCUCUCCCGAAUCCGGCAUGGCGGUCCACGCCCUCUCCAUCAAAAUGGGUUUAGAUAGAAGCCUCUUCGUCGCCUCCGCUCUCGUGAGCUGCUACGCGACGUUACGCGAGGUUCCUUUCGCACGCCGCUUGUUCGACGAAAUGCCGCAGAGGGAUGCUGUGCUCUGGACGUCGAUGCUGUCGGGCUACGCACAGAGCGGGCUGCCGGAGUCGGCGCUUCGGUUCUUCAGGGAGAUGGUAAGCGAAGGGGUCCGGCUCGAUGGAGUGGUCAUGGUGAGCUUGCUGCUUGCAUGCGGACAAUCGGGUAUUCUCAGGCAUGGUAGGGCUGUUCAUGCGGCUAGCAUUAGAAGGUUCUCGAGGUUUCCGUUAUCCUUGGGGAAUGCUUUUGUAGACAUGUAUGUGAAAUGCGGGGCGUUUGGAUGCGCUUUGAAGGUGUUCGAUAGAAUGCCGCAAAAAGACAUUAUUUCGUGGACUGCUUUGAUUCUUGGGCAUGGGUUGAAUGGGAGUGCCGAUGAUGCUUUGAGACUUUUCGAGGAGAUGAGUGUGGAAGGGGUAGAGCCAAACUCAGUUACUUUUCUCGGGGUGUUAUCGGCAUGUGCGCAUGCUGGCAUGGUGGAGAAGGCACGGUCACUUUUUGAUAAGAUGAAGCUGAGUGGCAUUAAGCCUGAAUUAAAGCACUACUCUUGCAUGGCUGAUGCGUUAGGAAGGGCGGGGAGAAUCGUGGAAGCAGAGGGGUUUAUAGAGGAAAUGCCUUUUGAGCCUGACGAGGCGAUCUUGGGGUCCUUAUUAGCGGCUUGUCGAGUUCAUGGUAAUGUGGAAGUUGGUGAAAGAAUUUCAGAAAGAUUAAUGAAGAUGUGCCCAGAGAAGAGUGGGUACUAUUUGAGCUUGGCAAACAUGUAUUCAGAUCUUGGUCGGUAUGAUGAUGCAGAAAGAGUGAGGGAGUUCAUGAAGCAAGUGAAUGUUGGGAAGCUGCCUGGUUGGAGCUCAGUUGAAUCAAAUGAUUUUCUAUCUAUAUCACAACCAGGAUAAAUUUUUAUUAUCUGAGCUGCUCUGAUAAUUAUAUCAUCAGCUUCUGUUUACUGGCAUCUAGUAACUGAGGCUGAUUCCUCCCAGGGUCUAGCUUUAAGCCCAACCAUUUUCGUAACAUGUAGUGGAUGUUGUCAGGCUUUUCAAUGUGUUUACUGAAGAAAACAAUGCUAGAGGCAGCCAGGAUGGAGGUCAGUCGAGUUGCGUAAUUUUCUCUCUCUACUUCAAUGGACAGUUGGGAAGAAGGAGACAAUAUCACAUGGUCAAACUUUUUCAUCCAAGAAAUCAUGAGCUUUUGUGUAGAUCUAAUAAUCAUCUCUCUUUUGAUGAUCAAAUGAUUGGAGUUCUGUGUAUUCUCAGUGGUGAAAGCAAAAAAGCAUAGUCUAAGUUGGCUGAAGCAACUUGCUGUUGGUACUGGUUGCAGAAGCUGAUCCACUUCAGCAGCUCAUAGAACUGGAGCAUUUGUUGUGCAUGUUGGUGAAGGAGCUAGUGGUGCAUGUAACACAGAUAGGUUCAUGAAGCAAAUGUGGAUCGGAGUAUUGGGUUCAUGAAUGAACGCGUUAUGGAGGAGUCUGCACCGAUCAGGUAUGUGAGCCCAGCUUUGUCAUCAUGAGAGUAACUACAUUUUACUAAGAUCGACUCG